AGCCAAAGGUCGAGAUCGUUGUUCCUGCAUGAGCGCGCAGAUCGCUUCCGAUUGGAGCUUCAGCGCGAGUAUCGAGGCGCGGCCGCACAACCUUCAACUGCCACCCAGGAGCAGGACGUCGCACGUUUCGAGUUUCAACACUUUGCACCCUCUGACAUUCGCGAAAUGUUUCCGUCCGCAUGCCUCCCUCCUUUGCCCAUGUUAAUUCUUUCUUUUCCUUGGUCCUGAAUGCCAUUGCGUGGGGUCUGCUAGCGGGGAUGGACAGCCUCCCAGGCGCAUCACUUAUCCCGGCAGGCUUUUCCUCUUUGCUCCCGCGACUGUUCGUUUCUUAACUCUCUCUUCCCUUCGUUUUGCGAUUGUCGACGUAAGCCAGGCGAGAAGCGUCCUUUCUCGCUUUCGUGCCCUUUUUCUGUCCCAUUCCUUUUGUGCCGGUCAUCUUCAUUCUCUUCUUCAUCGACCCUGGUGGCGCUUCUUCUUCUUCUUCUUCUUCUUCUCACCUGUUUGCUGGCAAAUAACUCCGCUCUUUUGGAAUCGCAACGCUUCUCUCGCACUGAAGGUCGAGUUGCUGAGCAUUCGACUUCUUUGUUCGCUUUACUUUGAACAGUGAAAACACAAAGACGAAGAGGAGGGGCAAUCACGAUGAAAUACACUAGCGUAAUCGCUUUGACGCUCGGCGCUCUUCCCUUCUCGAUAGCGCAAGGAACCACUAUCACCGAGUCGGUCUCUGGGGCAGGAGUUGCCCAAGCCGCAGCAGCAUCGGGAUCGUCUUCGUUAACCGCGCAAGCAAGUGGUGGUGGACAGGGAACAACCAUUACGGAAUCCGUCGCCGGAGCUGCAGCAACAGGAGGGUCCUCGUUAACUGCGCAAGCAAAUGGCGGUGGAAUGGGAACAACCAUCACAGAAUCAGUCGCCGGAGCUGCGGCGACGAGCGGUGCGUCUGCCGCUACUGCACAAGCUGGUGCAGCCAGACCGUCCACCAUCACCAUAACCACAGGUGCUGCAGGCGCAGCAGCGGCCUCGGGCCAAGCACUUGGAACUGGAUCUGCCGCAGCGCAGGCCGGCAGCGGCGGCAAGGGGACCACCUACACGAUCAAUUUGGGAGGCGCCGGCGCGCAAGCGACCGGCGCGUCUGCAGGGAACUCAACCGGUAGCAGCGGAGGCGGACUGGUAGCGCAAGGCGCACCCGCGGGCAACGCCACGAUGCCGACAAUCACCAUCAACGUCGCAGGCCAAGGCCAGGCUGCGUCGACAACGCUGCAGACCGCCGCGUCCACAGGAGGAACCGCAGCUGCUGCGUCCGCGGCUUCGAAGCAGAGUUUCAGCCUGGGUGCGUCGGCCGCCGCCGCCUCGUCCGGUCCGGCUCAAGCGACGACGAAUCCCGCACCAAAACUACACGUCGACAGCAUAUCUGGCGGUCUUCUGGCGUUGGCUCUGGGCUUCGCAGUGGCGUAAUGAGGAGGUCGCUUUUGUUUCUAGUCGCCGGUUGGGUUCAAAGGCGAGGUGUGCUAUGUUUGAUGCCUGCUGUGUAUAUUGCAUAAAGUCGUUUCAACCCUGUUUGGUUUUCUUUUUUCUUCCUCUUCCCUUCGUACGUCUCUUCUAGAAGACCAGACUUGGGGAGGGUUGCACGCACCCAAAGUCCGAAAGCAAAUAUUCACCCAAGUCUAUAUAUCUACGUAGCUCUAAACUCGGACUUUGUUUCUUUUACC